AUGCAGUCAUCAGAAAGCUCUGCUGAGAUGCAACAAUCCCGGACAGAAUCGACCGGCGAUGAAGUCACGCCGAGGGUCAAGGCUCAGCAGAAGCCGUCCCUCUCAGCUGCUGUCCCGUACCAACCGAAUGAGAUGCUCCUCCUCUAUGACGAGGAUGAGAAAAAGGGGUUCAAGCUACAGGUGUUACGUCUACUCGAGGGUGGGAGAAAUGAAGGGUUCACCAUGUCAUGUUGUAUGUUGGUGAGAGUGGUGGACGCAGCCGGUACCGCUCUGGAGGGCCAGGAAUACGUCCUCAAAAUAUUCGACUUCAAGCUCGCACACGUUCUGAGAAGUCAGUAUGGCUGCGGGAACUUCACCACCGUGCGGAGCGAUGCAGUGAACAAUCUUGCUCAUGCACCACAGUUUGGCGAGCUCUUGCAUCAAUGGCGUCAACCAAUUGAUGUGGCUACUUGCGAAGACAGUCGUACAGUGAAAUUCCUUCUGGAGAGAGGAUGGACGAUCUCAAAGUUUGAACUCGUGCAUUUCGCUCUCCACGAGGAUACUCGGCGUGAAAUCCAAACUGAUGAACAGUUUCCUUAUCGACAGAUUUCUGUUGCAGAGGCGGAGGUAUUUCUGCUGCUUGCACAACAGGAACAGUAUUCCAUUCACCGAAAGAUAUUUUCGGGCAUUCGAGGACUCGGCGGAUUUCCGUCUUUCGUCGCUGGUGGGAGACUACGAAGACCAGAGGCCGAGCCGACAUCAGACAAAUUGGCCCUGGUACUCACACAAUAUCCUGCCAUCUUAAUGUCUCUCGUGGCAGGCGUUCCACUGCACCAACUCCCCAAGGACGAUAUGACAGAUGAUGACUGGUACAAUCUACACAUGAAAAUUCACGAAAAGAUGGUGAUGCAGCUGUGGAGGGAAGGCAUCCAGCAUGGUGAUGUGAGGUCUUCCAAUGUCCUGAUAGAUCUCACUCAUUUCGAGGUCAACCUGAUUGAUGUGGGGGCUUUGAAAUUCCUGGAGACGGCAGAGUCUGAUGACUCGAGACCUGGCCAUCUCCCCACUCAAUUCGACUGCGACCUUGAGGACCAUGUCAACCAAAUGAUUUUGAACAUUGCCCCUCGCUCAUACAGUACGUCAACGAGAGCCAGUAUGGUUGCGACUAUGCGCUUCCGAGCCUUCAUCUGCUCUGGUAAUGAAUUGGAUACGCUGUUAUGGUCAUUCAUUAUGGAGAGUCUUUGGUCAAGCGUGUCCCUGUCGCGGCACUCGCACGACUUCCAUCUCGUCGCCGAGGUUUUACGACACGGUCGCCGGAUGAUGGACCAUGAAUGGAAGCAUAUCGAUGGGUGCCAAGAAUGGCAUUACCGAGCUGUUAUCCGCCUUGCAAGACUUUUCUGCACACCUUCAGAAUUCCACGCCCAUCGUACGCUAGAGCGGUUUCUCCAGCACGAGAUGGGAUCCAAGUCGGAGUUGUGGCAAGAUUGUCUCUGGCAUAGAGAAGAUCUUCAAUCAUCUGACAUCGAGAACCUCCUUCAUCACCGCGUCGAGUCAGAGAUGAAACGUUCCAUUGAGCUACCGACUUUGGGUUGA